CCUCCCCAUCAAACCCAGCAAAUAGAGAAACAUUGCAAACUCAGUUUUGUAUGAUUUCCCUUAUAAAUUUUGCAAAAUCUAGGAUUGAUCGAAUACCAAAAUGACCCAAUUUCAAUUUCAAUUUCAAUUGUUGUCCGUUUCUCCCUACCUUCUUAACUAUAAGGCAAACUCAUUUUGCAUAAAUAAUCCCACCACGUUUCAAAAAAAAAAAAACCCCACCAAACCCAGAUUUGAGAUUUGAAUGUGGUGAAUAAUUCAUCAAAGUCAUUGGUACUCUACCAUCAGAUAGUGAAAUAAACCUAGAGUGAAAUUUAUUUUGGUGGAAUAAUUCAUCUUUGUCACCACAAUCUCCUGUGGCGAAAAGCUUCGACGCUGACGAUGUCCAAACAGAAACGUCUCUCAGCCUUGAUGCGGGUGCAUAUCGGGCAACAUCAAAUGCAUUAUUUUGUUGUUUUAUUAUAGAUUUGUAAUAUUUGAUAUUUCAUUGUUUAGAUAUUUUUAGGGUAUCUUUUUACAUUUAAUUUAGGAUUUACAUUUAAUUAGCUUUCCAUUUUAGCCUAAGUCUACUUAUUCUCCAAGUAUUGUAAACCCUAUAAAUUACAUAUAUAAUUGUUGUUAGAUAGCUUAGUUUAUGAAUAACAUCAGUUUAUUUGCAGCAUGGAUUUGCUCUUCUUUAAGAGUUUGCUACUCCUUGUUUCUGGUGUCUGUUGAGUGAUUGUUGGAGGCCUGUGUUCGAUACCUUUUCCCCAUUAAUUGGUAUCAGAGCUUUGGCAAGAGUUGGUGGAUUCCAUGUCUCAGAUCGAGCGAAGAAGGGGAGGUUUCUGAAUGGAGGGUCGUGACAUCAACAACAACAUGGCUGAAAUUAAAAGGAUGCUUCAGCAACUUGCAGUACGUAUCGAUCACAUCGAAACUCGACGACGGGGUCAUAAGAGUUUCGACGGGGAGAGAAACGUUACCACUUAUCAUCAACAUGUCGAUCGCAUCGAAACUCGACCACAAGAUCGUAAGAGUUCCGACGGGGAGAGAAAUGUUACCACCUAUAAUCAAUGUGUCAAUCGCAUCGAAGUUUCACACCCAAGCAGUGAGAGUAUUGAGGAGGAACAAUACAUUGAUCUCUCUCAUCGAUGUGCUUCUUUGUGUGAACCAGACAUAUAGGAUGAAGGUAUGAAUACAUUUAACGAUUUUGGUAUAUCAAGUUCUUCUUCAGAUUCAUUGAACUUGGAUAUGCCGCCACUUCUAGAUAAUUAUGAUUCUGAAGAUUGCGAUGAAAAUUGCUUGGAGAUUGAAGAGGUUGACCUGCCCAUGCAAAUGAUUCAUCUCCCAGUGCAACAAAAUAUCGUUAAAGCCAUGCCAGUCCAUCUUGUGGAAACAUCAUCAGCAAUUGUAAGUCAUGAAAUUAAUUCAUGCAUGGGUGAUAUCUUUGAAUUGGAUGAUCAUGUGGGUAAUUCAGAUCCAAAGGCCAAACUAGAUGUGGAUGUCGACAUUGUUUUAGGAUCUCAAGAAAUAGAACAUAGUAUGUGUGGGUCAAUACGUGAGCAUCCUAAUAGAAUUGUUGGUGUUGAUCUUAAGAAGUCAUUUGUCUCCAACAAGCUGGUGAAGAGUGUUGAAUCUAAAAGCAAAGAUGCAUCCCUCAAAUUUCAUGAUCCAUUACAAGAAGAUGCAACUCAUCAAUUUAUUGAUUUCAUUGGGAUUUCUCAAGUCAAGAUUAGGAAGGUAAUCAAAGUAUUUAUUUAUUUGGAAUGGAAGGAAUCAAUUGCAAGCUAAUCUGUCAAAAGAAGAUUUGAAGCAAUGGAAGAUUUUGUUGAAUUUUCUUCAAUCAACGGCUCAAAUUCGAGGACGAAUUCUUUCCAAUCAGGGAAGUCUGAUGCGGGUGCAUAUGGGGCAACAUCAAAUGCAUUAUUUUGUUGUUUUAUUAUAGAUUUGUAAUAUUUGAUAUUUCAUUGUUUAGAUAUUUUUAGGGUAUCUUUUUACAUUUAAAUUAGGAUUUAAAUUUAAUUAGCUUUCCAUUUUAGCCUAAGUCUACUUAUUCUCCAAGUAUUGUAAACCCUA